ACUCGGCUUGUGAGUUAUGUUGAGAGCAGUUGAGUUCGUUUCAUGCUGUGGCGACAGCUGCUCUAACAUCUGUUUGAUCGAUAUCGCGAUACGAUCAGAGACAUGCACGUGUUACACGCUGUAUUCGCAGUCGCAUUUGUCCUUAAGGAGACCGAAGCUUGGGGUUACAAAAAUGGAAUAUUGCACAACUCCAUCUGGCUUGAGCAAGCAGCUGGAGUUUAUCACCGCGAGUCUCGCAAAGGAAGAUACCAACUGACAUAUAAAGAAGCGAAGGCUGUGUGUAGAUUUGAAGGGGGGGCACUUGCUACGUAUGAUCAACUGGAAGCUGCUCGCAAAAUUGGGUUCCAUGUGUGUGCUGCUGGAUGGUUUGAUAAAGGGCGUGUAGGAUAUCCUAUUGUUAAACCCGGCACCAAUUGUGGAUUCGGAAAGGUUGGAAUUAUUGACUACGGAUACCGGCUCAACAAAAGCGAGAGAUGGGAUGUCUAUUGCUACAACCCCCAGGCAAAAGAGUGUGGAGGAGUGCACACAGAUCACCAGAAGGUUUUUAGCUCACCUGGUUACCCAGACAACUACCAGGAUGAGCAAAUUUGCUACUGGCACAUCCGUGUACGCUACAGUCAAAGGAUCCGCCUUCACUUCCUUGACUUUGACAUUGAGGAAGACACUUCUUGCCUUAGUGAUUAUUUGGAGAUCUAUGACAGCUAUGAUGAUAUUUCAGGCUUUGUUGGAAGAUACUGUGGCGAUGAACUUCCAGAAGACGUCAUAAGUACAGGAAACGUGAUGACGCUGAAAUUCCUCUCCGAUUCCUCCGUGACGGCUGGAGGCUUUCAGCUGCAGUACAUCGCUAUGAACUCAUCUCUGUUUUGUGACGAUUCCUGCUGACCCCUUUUCUUGAGCAAUGUUUAAUAAACCAAACCAACUACUUUUUACAAACCGCUAUCUUGGAAUUAUCAGGUUCUGUGUUCUGAGCAGUAUUGAGAUAAUAAGCUUCUGUUUUUGCAUUCCUUUUAACAUUGUAGAUGGAACCUUUUGUUUUAUAAACAAAUCCCCAAAUGCACACAAUGUAAAGAAAAACAUCACACUGUGUAAAUAAGUUGUCACGGAAUAAGAAUAUGUGAAUAACUCAAUUUUGGAAAAAUGUAAAACCUUAUAAUUUCAAGGUGACAAAAUGUCAUUUUUGCUUUCCUAACCUACAGUGCAAUAAUAAAAAAUUACAUUUGUUGUUUUGUUUGAAUUGUUAAAUCUUAUUACACUCUGUAGCAUCUGGUUUGUCCAUAUUUCUGUAAUAAGAUAGUUGGCUCAGAUUUAGGUAAGGUAUUAGGACAGACUCCAUGAAAUUGCUUUAAAAGUGCAUAUUGUUUUCUUUCUGUGUUUACUUUUUAACUGAAACAGAAAUGUUGAUGUGUUUUGAUGGGCCUGUCCCUAUUUUUUAUAAAUACCUAUUAUCUUUUAAGAACGGCUUUUGUUGUUCAGUGGCAUGUGGGUUUAGAGGAAUAAACAUACAAUUUUUUUAAACAAGUCAUAGAUAUGUCUUUUAGUUAAUCUCGUUUGUUUGUAGAAGUGCGCUAGCAUAAAUGCCCCCAAAUAGUGUCGUUUUGACUUUAAGAGGACUUAAUACACAUUUCUCGCAUAUUGUAACGUUUGUUGAACAUUUCUACUAAUGGUAAGCAUAAAUAA